AUGAUUAUCAUACUCUUAUUAAUCAAAGUGAUCUGUAUAUUUCCUAAUACUUAAUUCAAAAAAGAUUAAUAAAUAUCUUUAUACCCUACUGUAGGAGAAUUUUAUGAAUACUAUUUGGAGAGUUUGUUAUAAGAAUCUUAAUUAAUUUGCAAAAUGCAUCCUUAAAUUCCAAAUGUGUAAUUAAUCAAUUAAUGUGAAGAAAUAUACUAAAUUUAAGGACAAUGUAAAUUAUUAAGAUUAUUAUAAUAGAAUAUAUUUCAAUGUCGUCAAAUAAUACACAUUUUAGUACAUUAUCUAAUAAUAAUGAAAUAAUUAUAUAUGAAUGGAAGAAUUAAAUGAUUCAAUAGAUUGGAGUAUCUGUAUUUAUUGAUCCUUUAUAUAAUUGUUUUAAUAUCGAUUUGUUUUUAAAUUAGAAAAUUUUGGUGGAUUGCUAUUAUAACAAUGAAUUAUUAUUAAUUCAAAUAAUAGAUUCAUAAUCAAUAAUUGCUUAUUAAAUAUAAUCAAAUAUACCUACUUCAACUAAAAUAUAAUCAAUUGUAAAUGGAACAAAUAUAUUUAUUGUAUAUGCCUAAUAUUUUAAGAAAUAUUCAAUACUUACACUAUUUUCAUCAUCAUUUAAAAAUUUAAGUAGCUUAAAUAACUAAUUUAUCGAUUUUGAUAUACCAAUCACAAUAAGUCCAAAUAUUUAUGCAAUUACUUUCCAAAACAUUCUCUAGUUAUCCAUAUCUUAAGAUUAUUAAUUUAAUUUGAUUUAUAAUUUUAGCUAUGAUGGUAUGAGUAAUUUUAAAACUAUUAAUGUUUUUUAUAAUUUAUGGAGUUAUUCUUAAUGUGAUUAAAUAUAGUUAUCAUAUUUAAAACUAUCAAAAAUAAAAAAAUCGCUAUUAUUAGGAUGUUAGAAUAUAAUAAUAACACUAAAUUAAGGACUUCUUAAUUAAUUUAGUCAGCCUAUAUUAAAAAUACUUUAAAGUGACUAAUUUAUAAUAUGUUAAUUCAUUGAUAAAAUAUUGAUUAAACAAUAAAAAACAAAAGAACAAUUUACAUAUAAUCUAACUAUUUAAAACAAUUCCCUUUUAUAUUUCAACUCUGAUAAUCAAUUAUUUUUAUUUAAUUAAGAAAUUAAAGUUUAUCAAAUUAAAUAUACAUCUUUUUCAAUUAACUUAACUACUUAAGAAAAUUCAAAAUUAAAUUAUACUUUUUAACUUAUUUGUAAGAAUAUUAGUAAAGGAAAUUACACUUAUACUUACUCUAACUUUUACCUUUAAAUAUUAUCUUAGAAUGAUACAAAUAUAUAUGUAAUGUAUAAUUAAGAUUUCCCAUUCUAAUAGUCUUCUUUAAACUAUGACCCCAUAAAUCCUUUUUAUAGUUUUUCAGGUCAACUAUUACAAUAUAACCAAAACUAAGAUGAACCCUAUUUUAAUUUUAAAUUAAUAACUUUUUAAAAUGUUGGUGAAAUUAUUUAGAGUUAUUAAUUUUUAUCAUUUAUUUCAAUGAACUAUCCUUUCGUUUCAAAAUAAUAUUUAAUAGGAUAUAUUAAUUAGUCACUUAAUCUACUGUCUUGCUUUUAAAAAAGCACAAUUCAAUCAUACUAAUUCACUACAUUAAGUUCAAUUAAUAUUUCUGUAAAUGCAAGUUCUUUAUAAGUUGCCUAUAGUAUUUAUCCUGAUAAGCUUAUAAUUGGUCUCAGUACUAAUGAUACAAUCUAUUUGUUUCUAUAUAAGAAUGAAAGUACUAUACCAAGUGUUACUCAAUCAAAUUAUACUUUUGAAUAAGAAUUCUCAGAUUUUAUAGUAACAUAUAAUAGUAUAAUAAUUCUAAUUGAAUAAUAAGAAAUUCAAAUAUUAACAUUUAAUUAUACAGUUACAUAUACUUUAAAUUAAUAGUCAAUAAAUAAAUUAUUUAAUAACAUUACAUUCAAUCCAAUAUAAAUAGUUAUGAAUACAUAAUCAGUAUCAUCUUUUGUAUAUAUCAACAAUAUAAAUGAAGUAAUAAUAAUAUCAAUAGAUUAAAAUAGUUAUCCAAUACCAAUAUCAUUGAUUUAAGUCAAUUUUACAAUAAAAUAGAUAAAUUUAGUAAACUAAUAAUUGAUAUUAUCAUAUAUAUGUAAUAAUCAAAACAAUAUUUGCUUCUAAGUUUGGAAUGUGUAAAAUUUACCAAAAUAUUAUUAUGUAAAGAAUCUAUAUAGUGUCAAUUUUGA